AUGAUUCUAGCUACCAUCAUUGCCAACUGCAUUGUCCUAGCUCUGGAACAACAUUUGCCUGAUGGAGACAAGACACCGCUUUCUGAACGGCUGGACGACACAGAGCCGUACUUUAUAGGAAUCUUCUGCUUUGAGUCUGGAAUAAAGAUCCUGGCACUUGGUUUUGCCUUCCACAAGAACUCCUACCUGAGAAAUGGAUGGAACGUCAUGGACUUUGUGGUGGUACUAACAGGGAUAUUGUCCACUGUGGGCUCAGAUUUCGACUUGCGGACCCUUCGGGCUGUGAGGGUAUUGAGGCCUCUCAAACUAGUGUCCGGUAUACCCAGCUUACAGGUGGUGCUCAAAUCCAUAAUGAAGGCCAUGAUCCCCCUGCUGCAAAUUGGCCUGUUGCUUUUCUUUGCCAUUCUCAUGUUUGCCAUCAUUGGUCUGGAGUUCUAUAUAGGCAAAUUCCACAAAACCUGCUUCGACAAUACUACAGACACAGAUGAGAUCCGGGAAGAGUUUCCAUGUGGAAAUGAACCGCCGUCCCGACUGUGUCCAGAGGGCACCGUUUGUAGGGGGUACUGGUUGGGACCAAACUAUGGCAUUACCCAGUUUGACAACAUCCUGUUUGCUAUUCUUACCGUCUUCCAGUGCAUCACCAUGGAGGGCUGGACAGACCUGCUCUACUAUAGCAAUGACGCCUCAGGGAGCGCAUGGAACUGGAUGUACUUCAUCCCCCUUAUCAUCAUCGGCUCCUUCUUCAUGCUCAACCUCGUGCUUGGUGUGUUGUCAGGGGAGUUUGCCAAAGAGAGAGAGCGUGUGGAGAACAGGAGAGAGUUCCUCAAGCUCAGAAGACAGCAGCAGAUUGAAAGGGAACUGAAUGGAUACCUGGAGUGGAUCUGCAAGGCUGAAGAGGUCAUCUUGGCAGAUGAUGAGAAUGAAAAUGAGUAUGAUGGUUCUCGUAGAAGAGCCACAAAGAACCAUAAGAGCAAAGCAGAGCUUCUCAAUCCAGAGGAAGGAGAGGGAGAUCUGGCUUUAGGUUCACCAUUUGCUCGUGCCAGCCUCAAGAGCUCAAAACUCGAGGGUUCAACUUUCAAGCGGCGGGAGCGGCGAUUUCGUUUCUUUGUCCGGCGUGUUGUUAAGUCCCAAGCAUUUUACUGGACCGUGCUGUGUUUGGUGGGCCUCAACACAUUGUGUGUGGCUGUAGUGCACUACGACCAGCCUGAACCACUUUCAGAUUUUCUAUUUUAUGCUGAAUUCAUCUUCCUGGGGAUUUUCCUGACUGAGAUGUGUGUUAAAAUGUAUGGCCUUGGAAGACAGGCCUACCUCAACUCGUCCUUCAACUGUUUUGACUGCAUUGUGAUAUGUGGUAGCAUAUUUGAAGUGCUGUGGUCAAUCAUCCAACCGGGCACAUCUUUUGGCAUCAGCGUGCUACGGGCUCUCAGGUUAUUAAGAAUCUUCAAAGUCACCAAGUACUGGGCAUCGCUGCGUAACCUUGUCGUCUCUCUGCUCAAUUCCAUGAAGUCCAUUAUCAGCUUGCUCUUCCUGCUCUUCCUCUUUAUAGUUGUCUUUGCCCUUCUGGGGAUGCAGCUCUUCGGAGGACAGUUUAAUUUUGAAAAUGGCACCCCUCCGACCAAUUUCGAUACGUUCCCUGCAGCAAUAAUGACAGUGUUUCAGAUUCUUACUGGUGAGGACUGGAACAUGGUGAUGUAUGAUGGCAUUCAGUCUCAGGGUGGUGUUAACAAAGGGAUGGCCUUCUCUGUCUUCUUCAUUGUGCUCACUCUUUUUGGAAACUACACACUGCUAAAUGUGUUCUUGGCCAUCGCUGUGGACAAUUUAGCCAAUGCACAGGAAUUGACCAAGGAUGAGCAGGAAGAAGAGGAAGCUGCCAGUCAGAAGAUCGCACUGCAGAAAGCCAAGGAGGUGGCUGAAGUCAGUCCGUUGUCAGCCGCCAACCUCUCUAUUGCAGCCAACAAAGUACACAGUGAGUGUCACAACGCAUCCGACCCCUUUCUGGACUGUAAGGAACAGCAGAAGAACCACAAUAAGGGUGUCAAUAAAUCAGUGUGGGAACAGCGAACCAAAGAGCUGAGGAAGCAGACGCUGGCAUCCAGUCGCGAGGCCCUUUAUAAUGAGCUGGAGCCUGAUGACCGCUGGAAGGCAAGGACAGGGAGGGAAGAACAUAACAAUGUGAACUAUUCACGUCACAUCCGCCCUGACAUGAAAACUCACUUGGAUCGACCAUUAGUCGUUGACCCCCGUGAGAACCGAAACAACAACACCAACAAGACCACUGCCAACAAUUCUGAUGUUUGUGUUACCCAGCACCAUUCUUCUGAUGAGCUCCACAAACAAACGCAGCUGCAAGACCAACAUGGUCAAAUAGGAGUGGGAGGUGGAGGUGGUUCAGGCCAAACCAGGGCUCUCCUGGAUCGAGGGGAGUCCACUGAAAGUAGGCGGAGUCGCAAAGGUGAGCAUCAUCACAAGCCUCAUGUCCGGUUGGAUGCUACAGUCAUUCCAGGUCCAGGCUCAGAAGAGAGACCACCAAGACGCCAUCAUCACAACCGGAGUGGCAGUCGAGGAGGAGGGCAGUCAGAGCACAGGAGGACCAGGUCACAUCGAAGAAAUGCUGAAGAUGCAGAGGAGGGUGGAGGUGGAGCUGGAAAACCAGGGAGGCAUAGGAGUAAGGUGAUGAUUGGAGGUAGGGAAGGAGGAGACCAUGAGGGAGCCAGUGAAGGCAGUGAGAGGAGGCCGAGAAGAAGUCGACAUGGCAAUCAGUCAGAGGGAGAGGGGAGGAGGAUGUGCCAGCACAAAAGGAGGGAUUGUAGUGUCCCAAACCUCUCCACCACGCGUCCCAUUCAAAAGAGCCUCUCCAGACAGAAUAGCCAGUACAGUGAAGAUAUGGACAACCUAAUGAAUACCAAACUGGUCUCUGGUUCUUCUCCGCCUGGUCAAGGCCAUGCUAAUCCAGUUGCCAAUUACACAGUAGCCCCUGGCUUUGGUUCUGCCCUCCAUCUUGCUAACAGUGGCACUCAUGGAAGUCUGGUCACAUUGGAUGGUUACGGGAACAUCGGCCAUCAUCGGGCACACAGUGUGAUCAGGUUGCCUCACCCUGACUACACCGCAGUGGAUAUGCCAAUUUUUCCAUCUAUCAACGCCAUUCUGCAAGUCAAUAAAAAUGCAAACACUGAGCCUCUGCCAGCAAAGGAAGAUAAGGACGAUGAUGAUGAUAAAGGAGGAGAAGGAGGACCCAGGCCCAUGCCUCCGUAUAGCUCCAUGUUCAUCUUGUCCACUACAAACCCCUUUCGGCGGGCGUGCCACUACAUUUGUACCCUGCGCUAUUUUGAGAUGUGCAUCCUGCUGGUCAUUGCUAUGAGCAGCAUUGCCUUGGCUGCUGAAGAUCCUGUCUGGCCUGAAUCACCUCGAAACAAUGUACUUCGCUAUUUUGACUAUGUUUUUACUGGCGUUUUCACAUUUGAGAUGCUGAUAAAGAUGGUGGAUCUGGGGUUGGUCUUGCACCAGGGCUCUUAUUUUCGGGACUUGUGGAACAUCCUUGACUUUAUAGUGGUUAGUGGUGCUCUGGUGGCCUUCGCCUUCACCGGCGGCGGGGGGAGCAGUAAAGGAAAAGACAUCAGCACUAUCAAAUCUUUGAGGGUUCUGCGAGUGUUGCGUCCUUUGAAGACCAUUAAGCGACUUCCCAAGCUGAAAGCUGUGUUUGACUGUGUGGUGAACUCUCUAAAGAACGUCCUGAACAUCCUGAUUGUCUACCUACUCUUCAUGUUCAUUUUUGCUGUGGUUGCCGUGCAGCUCUUUAAGGGGCGUUUCUUUUACUGCACUGAUGAAUCCAAAGAGUUUGAGCGUGACUGCAGAGGCGAAUAUCUGGUGUAUGUACGUGAUAACGAAGUGAGGGCGCAGAAGCGGGAGUGGAAGAAAUACGAUUUCCACUAUGACAAUGUGGCUUGGGCCCUUCUCACCCUCUUCACUGUUUCCACCGGAGAGGGGUGGCCGCAGGUGCUGAAACAUUCAGUGGAUGCGACCUAUGAGAAUCAGGGCCCGAGCCCAGGGUAUCGGAUGGAGAUGUCCAUCUUUUACGUGGUGUACUUCGUGGUCUUCCCCUUCUUCUUCGUCAACAUUUUCGUUGCUCUCAUUAUCAUCACCUUCCAGGAACAAGGAGAUAAAAUGAUGGAGGAAUAUAGUCUAGAAAAGAACGAGAGAGCGUGUAUAGAUUUUGCCAUCAACGCCAGGCCUCUGACACGCCACAUGCCUCAGAAUAAAUUGAGUUUUCAGUACAAAAUGUGGGAGUUUGUCGUGUCGCCACCAUUUGAAUAUACUAUCAUGGCUAUGAUUGCGCUCAAUACCGUGGUGUUAAUGAUGAAGUAUGAUGGAGCUUCAAACACCUAUGAAGCAGUUUUAGCCAACCUCAACAUAGUGUUUACCUCCCUCUUCUCCUUGGAGUGUGUCCUCAAGAUCAUUGCCUUUGGAGUUCUGAACUAUUUCAAAGAUGCCUGGAAUAUUUUUGACUGUGUGACAGUGCUGGGCAGCAUUACUGACAUCCUGGUUACAGAGCUUGGGGAUAAUUUCAUCAACUUAAGUUUCCUAAGGCUGUUCAGGGCAGCUCGUCUCAUCAAGCUACUGAGGCAGGGAGAAACCAUUCGUAUCCUGCUCUGGACCUUUGUUCAGUCUUUCAAGGCGCUACCUUAUGUCUGCCUUCUCAUUGCCAUGCUGUUUUUCAUCUAUGCCAUAAUCGGGAUGCAGCUAUUUGGGAAUAUUGCUAUUGAGGAAGAUGGAGAGAGUGCCAUCAACGAACACAACAACUUCAGGACCUUUGUGCAGGCUUUGAUGCUUCUCUUUAGGAGUGCAACAGGGGAGGCGUGGCAUGACAUUAUGCUGGCUUGUCUCGGGGGUAAGGAGUGUGACCCCCUGUCAGGAAACACAGCGCCAGAGUGUGGCAGCCAGGUGGCCUACCUCUACUUUGUCUCCUUCAUCUUCUUCUGUUCGUUCUUGAUGCUGAAUCUGUUUGUAGCCGUCAUUAUGGACAACUUUGAGUACCUGACAAGAGAUUCUUCCAUUCUGGGGCCUCACCACCUCGAUGAGUAUGUAAGGAUAUGGGCCGAGUAUGAUCCUGCCGCCUGCGGGCGCAUACAUUAUAAGGACAUGUACAGUUUAUUACGAGUUAUCGACCCGCCUCUUGGCUUAGGCAAGAAAUGCCCCCAUAGGGUGGCCUGCAAGAGACUACUACGUAUGGAUCUGCCUGUGGGCGACGACAACACGGUCCACUUCAACUCCACUCUCAUGGCUUUGAUCCGCACAGCUCUGGAUAUCAAGAUCGCCAAGGGUGGCAUUGACAAGCAUCAGAUGGAUGCGGAACUGAGGAAAGAGAUGAUGGCGAUAUGGGCCAACCUCUCCCAGAAAACUUUGGAUUUGCUGGUCACACCACACAAGGCAGCAACAGACCUGACUGUGGGGAAAAUCUACGCGGCCAUGAUGAUCAUGGAGUAUUAUCGGCAGAGCAAGAUCAAACGAUCCCAGGCUCUUCGUGAUGAACAGAACCGAACGCCAUUACUGUUUCAGCGCGUGGAGCCACCAACCCCCACCCAGGACGGGGGUCCAGGACUCAACAACCCCUUGCCUCUGCCUGAGACAACAGAUACAGGCAAUAGUUUGCCAGUGGAGGGCGGGAUCCCGGAGAGCCAGUCGUGGGUUACGGCUCGCGCUAAGGAGAUGUCCCAGAAAGUUGGCAGCUGGAGCCCUGAGGGGCACUCUGAGGAUGGCCUUGGAAGCAUGAAUAACUCACAGACGGUAGAGCUGAGAGAGAUGGGGCAGGAUGGUAUCUCGGAUACUGAGCAAUUUCCACCAAUGGAAGGCCACGGCAGGGCCGCUUCCAUGCCCCGCCUCCCAGGCGACAACCAACAGCGGAGGAAAGGGAAGCACCGUGGCAGUAAUCUAAGUACCAUCAGUGACAACAGUCCCAUGAAACGGUCCGCUUCGUCUCUGGGCCACAGCAGGUCUGGGCGAGGUCACAGAGACAAAGCAGACGAUUACCACAUGGAGUGUUCAAUACCUGAGGAGGGGAGAGCUUCCAGACAUGGUCACCGCCGAAAGGAUCGUGGUCAUCGAGCGUCUGAGAGGUCCCUCUGUCGCUACAAUGAAGUUGACACAGACAUGAGCACGACUACACAGUCAGGUGACCUCACAUCAAAAGAGAUGGACCGAGAUCGGGGUCGAUCUAAAGACCGUAAGCACCACCAUCAUCAUCACCACCAUCAUGGUUCUGUGGAUAAGGAGCGCUACGUGCCAGAACGAGGUGGCGAGUAUGGACACAGGCAUUCCCGAGACAGGGAACAUGAAAGGGAUAGGGAAAGAGAUCGGGAACGGCGCUGGUCACGAUCACCCAGCGAGGGCCGUGAGAGUGUCCCGCACAGACAGGGCAGUAGUUCAGUCAGCGGAAGUCCAGUUCCAUCAACCUCGGGAACCAGUACACCACGAAGAGGUCGCCGACAGUUGCCUCAGACACCUGCCACACCCCGACCCCAUGUCACAUACUCCCCUGUAGUCCGUAAGUCCAUGCCCACACCUCCUGGGGGACCGCAGUGCAGACCCCCAGCCCCAGGCCCCCGGCACUUUUCUCCAGAGCCUCUCCAAGGGCAGGGUGCACCCCCAGCUGGAAUCCCAAUAGCCCACCAUGGCAAUCCCCGCCAGAGUCAUCAUCCCCCACUUCGCUGGGGUGACUCAGGUGGAGGGGGUGGUUCCAUGGAAGGGGAUGCCUGCUUCUACAAUCAGGAGUACCAGGACUAUGAUCCACACCAUGAACCACCUGCCUACGAGCCAAGUCCCAUGCAAGGUGGAAACCCUCACCCCCAUGCCCUGGCCAACCACCCACUGCCUCCUCCCACACAACCACAGCCUCACAACCCCCAUCCCCUUCCUCCUCCACAGCCUCACUCUGUGAACAACCCCCACCCACAGCCCACUCGCACCUCACCUAGGACUGUCUGCCAUGCAAUUCCUCCCACCACAGCCCUGACUGGGCCUGUGCAGAACCAGGUUCAGCCUGCUGCCCAACGCCGUCUACCAAAUGGUUACCGAUCAUCAUCCCCUUCCACACACCUCCAUGGACCUCCACACACUGGGCCUCACAAGGUUCCUCCUCCAGCUGGACAUCCAAGGGGUCCCCGCAAGGGACUGCAUGAACCCUAUGGUGAGACGGAGGAAGACGAUUGGUGCUAGCCCCUGGGGACUGGGGAGGGAUGUAUUAUUAAUUGACUGAAAAAUAUGGAAAGCUCUUAGCCAGAGCAGUGACUGCCAAGGGAAACCACAACCUUUCUUUUUCAUCUGGUCAUUAUUUUUAAUCACCCGAACUUCUUGGGGUGCCAAAUGGAUGCUUCACUGGAUGAAAAAAUUGGUAUCAGCAUAAAGCAGACAUUGCGAAAAUGCAAAGGCAGAAUCUGGAAAAACAAGAAGAAACAAUUUUUGUGCUCUGCUUGCAUUGUUGAUCAUCUCUUGAUGCCAAAAGAGAACAAGCUCAGAUUUCAGUUUUCAAAGAAGGGAGGACAGAUGAUGGACGAUACUCUUUGUGUCUUAAUUUAUGCCUCUGGCAAUGAGCUAUAGCCACUUACAAGAUGUCAAGAGUUGCGACUCGAUUAAAGACACUUUAAAGUCAGAGACAAAGAAACAACCUUUUAUUUUCCUUUUUUUAAGCUUCUCAAGGCUAACUGUCAAGUUAGCUGUAAAAAAAAUCAAAUCCAACUCUCCCAGCCACCAAAUGAAUAUUGAUGAGUUUUAUCAUCUGUGUUUUUAAAUCUGACAAAGAGCCCUCUGCCUGUAAACGGUGAGAAGGCUAAGUGGGUGGGAGAGUUAGAAAGUGUUGCAGGGGUAUUAAAACGUCUCUCUGACCAAAAAAAAGCCAGAGGACGGGAUGGGUGUGUUGGCAAUAUUCAACCCACUUCUCCCAGAGACAAAAAAAACUUUAGCCAACCUUAUCCCAUGACCAAGAAAAAAACAUUGAAGACGGAUUACAGCAACAACAAACAAACAAAUAACUGUUUUCUGCAGUAUUUCUUCUUCUACUCCUUCAGCUGCUUCUUCUUCCUCCUCCUCUUCUUCUUCAGAACAUCGAAGCUUGAAUCUUCUGUUGCACCCCACACAGCUUCGUUUUUUAAGACUUGCAGAGUUGUAACACUUUAUGGAAUCCUGCAUGAAUGCUACAAAAGAAUACUAAGGAUACAAACAAUGAGAAUCUACUGUCUGUUUGGGAAGAGUGGGGUUUCUCCUCCCUUCCUGUUGUCUGUAGGGUUUCUCUCUUUUUUAUUGAAAAAUACUUUCUGUUUCUCUCUUUGUGCUCUGAAUGACAUUCCUCUUGCCGUACCUUCAUUUUCACAAAAAAAUCAAAUGACAGAGGGCUACAGGCGAAAUGGGAUAGUUAGUUUAUGUUUAUCUGGGGGGAAUGAAACUUUUUGCUUGCUCGUCAACUGUCCCAUUCUGUGCCAAAUGCCUGCCACUGAAACAGCUGGAAAUGCACAUAUUUUUAGUGAAAGUAACUUUUUUGUAACAAAGGUCAUGUGAUUAUGAUAUAAUGAGUAGCAGGGUAAAUUUAACAUGGAUUGAGUUUUUUUAAAUUACUUGUAAUGUGGUUUAUGAUGUGGUUAAAAGUCAGACAAAUCAGUAACUCAAAUCUUAAAGUCUUCCAGGGUUUGGGGCUCAAACAGAGUUAUCAGAGAGGAAGAGACUAAUAGAAAGGCACAUAAAGGAGAGAAACUCUUCAUCUUUGUUUUUCUUUGUCUCUGAAGGAAAUAAUGGAUAAACUGCUAAUGUAAUUGCUUGUAUUUGAUUAGUGAUUGUGAGAAUGAGAUGGAUGUUCUGUUUAGUUUUUUGUUCUUUUUAUUAUUUGGAGCUCAGGUAAUCCUUUUUCCAACCCUGUGGUGGACCUCUUACACUCAGACAUACUGUGGGAGAACAUUUUCUGGUUGUCCUCUCUCGAGAUAAGUCUGGUGACAGACACAGAUUCUAGCAGAGCUCUGGAGGUAGGCGGAUUCAGUUCCAGUGGUAGGUGGACACGUAAUCUCUGGACUGGGAAUGCCUGGAGAAGCUAGCCUCCACCUUUGGGAGAGUUUGUUUGUGGGCUUAAUUUAAAACAAAGGUUGAGGGGGGCUGGGCUAUGUAAAUUGUUCAAUACCGUUAAGCCUUCUUAAAAAAAAACAUGUUUGGGGAAUAUGGUAUUAGUGUCUGCUGAGACAGGCUUGUAAUGAAAAAGGCAUGUAAUUUAGGGUAUUUGUAGGGUUUGUCGUAGAUUUUUAACAUUACUUUCUUUGAUUAAAGACACAAGCUAUUGUUUUUUUCACUAAAAUAAUACCACCAGAUAAAAAUAAUAGAUAAAUUACAAAGCUCCCAAAUGGCUAUUAACGCCAUAAUAUGAAUGAACAAAAUAAAUCUAAAGAUUGUUUUUAUUAGAAACCAUGCUCAUCUGGUCUGAGCAGGAGACACAGCAACCAAAGGUGUGCUUCUAGCACCCUUAAGGUGAUGUUACAUCGUUAUUUGUUGAUCUCCACAAGCUGCUCUUUCCCUUUCCCUCUUCAGAAAGCUUAAAAUUUCCAAUUAAAGAACCACUCUUUGAUGUUAAAAAAGAGCAAAUCAAAUGUUAAUAUGUAGACAGACUUGUUUUUGCUUCUUCCUAUUUGUCAUUAUGCCUCAGUCAUACUUUUGUUUAUAUUGUUCAAAGCAGGGCUAACAUUGACAGUUGAUUUAUUUUUGAGUGCCCAGGGAGGGUUAGCUUGCACUGUCUUCAGUCUUCGACAGCAACACUGCAACACAUUUUUGACUUUGCCAUUAUAAACUGCCACCUUAUGCUAAAUCUAUUAUGUUUGCUUUCAUGUGUGAAAAGUGUACAUUGUUCUUCUCUUGUCAUUACUGUUGUGUAGCAAUAUUAUUUUUCUUCAACAGAGACACCUUGUGUUCAUAGAGGUACUGCACUUAGUGCCAUUCAAGUGUAAACAGUAACCCCUGACAUGAUGAUGCAACAACUCAUUUGGAUAAUUGCUUGAAUGCACCAUUAGAAUUUAUUGGGAGUAAGAGAAAGACUUAGAGGUGUUUUUAUUUACAGAACUUCUUUAAAGCGUUACAGCCCCUAUAUUUGGAUACCUUAAUACUGUAUUACUGUCCAACCAUAUAUAAUGGUGAUACUAACAUGGGACAAGAAUAAAUUUUGGUUUGGUCAAAUUCCAAAAAUACUUCAAACCAUUGGCAUCCUCUCUCAGGUUUCAAGAUUAACAAGUGACAAGACCCUACACGCUUCCAUAAGUGGUUCAAAAAUGACCUGUGUUAGAAUCAAUGUGUUUUUGUGAUGGAAAAUAAUGUUGUGAUGUAUUUUGUAUUAUAAUUGUGUUAACACAAGAUUGAAUCCUUCAUCAUUUUUUUUCCAAUUAAUUAUUUUUAACAUUUUCAAAACUCUUAAAAUAUUUUGAAUAUUUGAAGAAAAUUGCACAACAGCAAUAGAAAGAUAUCAAUAUCCAUGUUGUGCCUGUGUUUGUAUAAGAGUAUGUGUGCGCAUGAGGGUGUAUGUGGAACACUAUUUGUCUGUCUUGUUCUGUCUUGUAGCCUCACUGUAUGCAGUUGUGGCAGACUACUUGUUUCUGGCUCUGAUCAUUGCAGACAUGUACAUAGCAUUUCCCACACCGACUGCUGACCUUACAGUCUUUGUUAGUUGGGCAGAUCUGAUUCCUCCUCUCUUUGUUUAGCCCUGUUUGUGUCUUUCACCUGGAUGAACCCCCCCACACCAUUGCUUAAAUGAUUUGGGUUUGCAGUUGGGGGCAGCUUCCCACUUAUAUUCUCAUGUGUGGUUUGACAAGGUUCCUAGAGAGCUCAGUGAGGAAGAGCUGUCGUGCAUUGGUGAUACCACUCUUGAACUCCGGGUGCUGAGUUGUGAAAAAGGUGUAGGUAUGCAGGGUGGUGAUGUCAAGGAGAUUGUAACACAGCACCGUGAGUCACCACUACAUUUGACACUUAACAGGUGUAGGUGCCAACCAUCUGGUUCAUGGUGUCCACACUUUCUUUGGUCUUAUUGUAGUAUGUAAUGAAUUUUGUUUUUUCUGCUGUUUUCAUCCACCACUUGCAGCAAUGUAUUGUGCUUAGAAGCACAACAGUCCUUCUUUUUUUUCCUGACGUAGCUGACCAUGGUGAGGCUGCCAUUAAAUCUGAAUUCUGUGUACUGUGAACUUCCCUGGAUUUGGAUGCCUUCCUCAUAGACCCUUCUCCAGGAGGUGCUGUGUAAGAGGCACACUUGUGAAGAGUGCGUAGCUGCUGGACAAAGUUUUCUACCUGAUUCUUAAGAAUUUCUUCCACUGGUUAUUUCCGGUCUAACCUAUUCCAUUUAUUGCAUUGGGAAUGUGCAUCAUAAACACAGAAUAUUUUCACACCACGCUUGGCAAGGAUGUUUGGCAGGUAUUGUAAAAACUUGCACCUCCCCCCGAUAAUGUAUAUAAUAUUUAAAUGUUUAACAAAAUCUAAAGGUGACACUUGUGAUAUAGCCGAAUUAUCACAAGUAAAUAUUUUGUAUAUUGCCUUCAGUCACAGAUGAUCAGAAUCAAAUAUUCACAUAAAAUUCCACUGGAAAUGAAUGCGGGUUAUUUUUGAACCACUUAUGGAAGCUUGGAGUAAUAAUACUAAAAACUGAAUUUUGUAAAAUGUACGAGAGGUAAGUUGAAAUGUUAAAUGGCAUGAUGUCAAUAAAACAGUUUUAGAGGAAUCGCUGGAAUAUGAAAUGAUAACAAUUUUAUAUCAGAAAAAUAUUGCAGGAAAACAAUCUUACUGGUUCAUUUCUGAACAACGUUGGAAUAUAAGAGUUAAAAUGAAAACUAACCAAAUGCGACACUGUACAAUCGCACUUUCUUUCUUGUUUUAGGGUGUGCUGUCACACUAAAAUGCAGUGCAGCUUUAGAAUAUCCACAUUUGUGAUUCUUAUGAAGCAAUCAAACAAUAAAGCUUCUUUGGUAAGAUCAAGUAGAUAAAGCUUAUGAAUCAAACAAAGAGAAUAGACAGUUUCCGUCGUAUAUGCAGUCUCUGUAAAACUUGUAAAUAGCUCACAUGUUUUCGACUUGGAGCUGAUUCUACCUAUCAGCAGAGCUCGGCCAGUUGUCCAGUGUCUACAGCCAGAUACUCUUGGCUAUCUCAGGCAGGUGAUAAACCCAAAUUUAUGACACCACUGGUGACCUCCAGGGGGUGCCAUGUGAUAGUAAAACUCAAUUACUUUUGAGCGUUGUGCUUGUAGCAUUUUCUUUCACUUACAGGCCACCUCAUCAGUGUUCACCUUGUCAGCAGGUGAACGAACUGCAUCGUAGCAAAGUUCAGAAGGGUUGGAGAAAUGACAUCUGAGCUUUUGCUGUUUUCCUGGAAAUCACCUGGAUUCUGAGUUUUUUGCUCCCGUGUGGCUUCUGAUUCAUUGUCAGUGUGUUUCUCUGUGUGCCUCAAACCAAACCCGGUCAUCAACACACACCACUGUCAGCCCCAGCACUGUUGUUUUCGCGUUUAUUGUUUUUAAGUUGACCGACAUCUUUAACCUGGAGGCCUAUCAUACAUUGACCAGAGAAUGCAUCAAAAACAAACAAAUGAAAAAUAAAAACUGCCUAUUAGUGUCUUUCCAGCCUUAGUGGGAUGUCACGAACAAGUACUACACUGAAAAAAAACUAAAUCAGAAAGCAACUAGGUAUGUAGCUCCUGGUUGUGAUGUGUGGAAGUGGGCUUUUUGCUCGUAUGUAAGUACAGGGUUGAAUGUGUUUCUGAUAACUGACCUUUUUUCUUGUGCUUGCUUUUGUUUUCUAUAUUUUGUCUGCAGAAAUCCUUUUCAAGUUUUGAACAUGUCUGUCAUAUCAUUGUGACAGUUUGCAAUUAUCUGCGUUUGUGAGCGUGUGUGCUGUCAGUCAAACCUCUGAAUGAGAUGUGCAAAGCCUGAGCAUUCACUUUCCCAUCUUUGUGUAUAUGCUGCAGCAAAAUCCACUAACACGCUGAUUUACCACACGAGUUCUUCAAAAAGCAAUGUAAAGUCGUAACGGGGAGAAAAAAGUAUUUUUGUUUGUUUGUUUUUAAGUAUAAAAUAUUUAAAAAAAGAAAAAAAUCUAGUUCCAGAAAUGCAUGUGCUAUGUGCAUGCCACACCGUGGGUUAAAAGUCAUCUUCAGGACAGAAAAGAAAAAGCACAUUAAUUAAUUCAGAGAAAUAAGAAAAAAAGAUGUAUAAAUAGAUAGAUGUUUUUUUUUUUUUAAAAAACAAAAAACAAAACAAUGUUUCUUUUUUUCUUCUAUUUUUGAAAACAAAAAAAGGAAAAAAUAUUUAAAAAAAUUAAAACGUUGAAGAGACUUUGGGUAAGAGUCAAAGUCUUGUUUCUUUUCUUCAUUUACAUGGGGUUGAGACACAACGCAUCCAAGUUCAGGACACCGCAUAAAAGAACUGUUUUUAAUGAAAAACAGAGAGAAAAUAAAAGUUCAGAAAAUGGUGUAUUUCUACUUGUGUGUGGAUCAGGUGGUGCAGGAGCUAGCCAAAUCUGUUAAUGUUCUCGUUCUAACUGGCUGUUGGACCUUUGAUCCUUCACUCACAUCCUCUUUUUUUCCUUCCUCUCUAGCUCUAGUCUCUCUCACACUCUAACCUCUCUCACUCUCGGCCAGUCUCACCGCUAUUUCUACCAGUGCAUUUUGUAAUUCCAAACAGAUCUCUUCCUAAAGAAUAAAAUCCAGAGAGAAUGCA